AUUUUUCUGAAUUGUGGCUAUAAGGGUCAAAAGAUACAGAGGAAAGAAAAAAACCUUUCCCUUUCCAAUUUGUUACAGGAAAAAGUUUUUAAGAACUUUCCCUUUCCUAUCUGUUACAGGUCAGACCCAAAAAAAACAAUUAUUCCUAUUUGUUACAGGGGCCAUCAGCCAACUUUCCUUUUUCCUAGUAUGAGAACAUGUUUCCUAAUACAAGAAAAAAGAAAAAGAAAAUAUUAAUCUCUUACUCCUAAAAGCACAAGGUGUUACGAGUAGGCUAUAAAAUCACCCCAAAGUCUGUUAACCUUUGCAACUCAAAUCACUCAACCCUUGAACUUCCAUAGCCAGAAAAGAAAAACUCUUCCAAGUUCUCAACUCAAAGUCUUGGUUAAUAUUACAAAGACCAAAACAAUGGCCUCCGUUGAGAUGAAGAAGAUAACCCUGAAGAGUGACGACGGUGAGAUCUUCGAGGUGGAGGAGGCUGUGGCCAUGCAGUCGCAGACCAUCAGGCACAUGAUGGAGGACGAUUGUGCUGAUGGCGCGAUACCUCUGCCAAACGUGACCAGCAACAUCCUAGCGAAGGUGAUCGAGUACUGCAGAAAGCACAAAGAAGAGGCCGCCGAUGGCGAGAACAAAAAGGACAUUUUGAAGGAAUGGGACGCUGAGUUCGUGAAGCUGGACCAGGUCACUCUGUUUCACCUAAUCAUGACUGCAAAUUAUCUCAACAUCAAGAGCCUGCUGGAUUUGACCGCCCAAACUGUGGCGGAGAUGAUCAAGGGAAAGACACCUGAAGAGAUCCGUGAGACGUUCAACAUCAAGAACGACUUCACACCUGAGGAAGAAAAGAAGAUUCGUGAGGAGAACCGGUGGGCAUUCGAGUGAGAGAGUUAGAGAUCCCCUUACAUUACAUACAUGCUAUUAUUACAUAAUUUGACAUUUUGUCUAUUAUUUUUCUUCUAGUUAUAAUUCAAUUGUUUUUUUUUAAAUAAAUUUUUUUGUUAGGUGAUUGCUUAGAUGUAAUCAAGAUUUCUGCAAAACCUCUUUUGUCAAAUAUUUCUAUCUAAUGAUACAAGAGUUAUGUCUCCCUGUUUUGUGUGUAUGGACGAAGCUUUUGUUCUCAGAUAAAUUCUCAACAAAUUACAUCUCUUGAAAAUUAACUAAACUGACUCACAGACCAAACGGCUAACGUUAUCAUGAUUGCUCCUCUAAUCUUUUUCUAUUGGGAAGAAAAGCAUAAUCACCAAGAUUGACAUCCAACCAAAAGAUCACAGGCAAAAAGAUUUAUUUAUUUAUUUUUCUAUUGGCAAUCUUUGUCAAAUACGUAUCAAUAUGAACAAAAAACUG